UCGCUGACCAUGUGAAGACUUGCCGCGAAUUUCAAGCAGUUCAAACUGUUUUAGCGCGCACGGAAGCAUUAAGCUGGUCUUAGAGACUUAAAAAAGAUAUAUAAUACAGUGGCUUGUUUAUUUAUUUGAUACAAUAAUGGCUACUCCUCCGAAGAAGUUUUGUUCAAGCCUCGACGUUGACCUCAGUUUCGAAAAAAGGGCAUUGAAGAUCUCAAUAGAGGGAAACAUUGCGGCAGGGAAGUCAACUUUUGUGCGCUUGUUGGAGCGGGUGUCAGAGGAGUGGGAGGUCAUACCAGAGCCCAUUGGGAAGUGGUGCAAUGUACAAAGCACAGAGAAUGAGUAUGAGGAGCUUAGCACAUCCCAGAAGAGUGGAGGCAACCUGCUGCAGAUGUUAUAUGACAAGCCCAGUCGCUGGUCUUACACUUUCCAGACCUACGCCUGCUUGAGUCGCGUCCGUGCACAGCUUCAGCCUCCUUCUGCCAAACUUCAGCAGGCAGAGCAGCCAGUCCAGUUCUUUGAGCGCUCCGUCUACAGUGAUCGAUAUGUGUUUGCCUCUAACCUCUUUGAGUCUGGAGAUCUGAAUGAGACUGAGUGGGCCAUCUAUCAAGACUGGCAUUCAUGGCUCCUCACUCAGUUUGAGUCCCAGAUUGAGCUUGAUGCCAUGAUCUAUCUUCGUGCUGAUCCCGAGAGGUGUAUGCAGCGUCUUCAGUUCAGAGGACGAGAGGAGGAACAAGGGAUUCCCUUGGAUUACCUGGAGAAGCUUCAUUAUAAGCAUGAGUGUUGGCUGUACAACCGAACCACAAAGUUGGAUUUUAAGUAUCUUAAAGACCUUCCAAUACUGGUCCUGGAUGUUAAUGAGGAUUUUAAAAAUGACCGAAUUAAGCAAGAAGGUAUUACUGAUAAGGUGAAGGAGUUUUUGAACACCCUGUAGCCUACAAAUAUACAUUAAUUUGUGUCAAUCAUGUAAACUGGUGAUUUAUCACUAGUACUCUGGGGAUUCAUGCCUGUGAAUGAAUUUGUGAUUUUAUUUUUUUUAGCUCAUUUCAUAUUUAGCUUGUUGUACAUAUGUAUUUCUUUGUAUAUUAAAACAUCAUUUUUACAAAACAUUGUUUUAACAAUGAAACUCAUAAAUUCAUAAACUCUUCUGUGAUGAACAAAUAACAUAUACAGUAACAUACAGGAGAUUAAUAUAUACGGAAUGUUUGGAGACUAUUCCGUAAGUGAAAAGUUGACAGUUAUUGUUACAGGGUUCUCACAGCCAUGGAAAAGCUGGGAAUGUUAGUGUUUACUAAAAAAGACAUGGAAA